AUGGUGGAAAAUUCACUGUCACCAUUGCCAGAGAGAGCGAUUUAUGGCUUUGUUCUUUUCUUAAGCUCCCAAUUUGGUUUCAUACUGUAUCUUGUGUGGGCUUUUAUUCCUGAAUCUUGGCUAUACUCCUUAGGCUUAACUUACUGGCCUCAAAAGUAUUGGGCCGUUGUUCUGCCUGGGUAUCUCCUCAUUACCAUAGUCAUCGGUUAUGUCCUCUUAUUUGUAAUAAACAUGAUGAGUACCUCUCCACUCGACUCCAUUCAUAAUAUCACAGAUAACUAUGCCAAAAAUCAACAGCGCAAGAAAGACCAAGAAGAGGCCAUCCCAGCACUCAGAGAUAUUCCUAUUAGUGAAGUAAACCAAAUGUUCUUUCUUGAAGCCAAAUAA